AUGAAGCUGUUCUCUUUUUUCUUUGUUCUACUAGCCGUUCUGGCAACGACGGUCACUGCUUGGGAAAACGAGGACCAUGAAAUUUUUGAUUUGGUGACUGAGCUCGAAGCCGCCGAGGGAAGAGGAACGACGUUUUAUUCAUGGUUGGAGGUUCCUUCGACCGCAUCGACCACAGAGAUCGCAAAGGCCUACCGGAAAAAAAGCAUGCAGCUUCAUCCGGAUAAAAACCCAGGCGUCGAGGGUAUCCAUGAGCGCUUUGCGCGCCUUGGCGUCAUCUCUACGAUUUUGAGGAACAAGGAGAGUCGCGAGCGUUAUGACUUUUUCUAUAAAAACGGAGUGCCCAAAUGGAGGGGUACUGGCUAUUAUUAUUCGCGUUUUAGGCCUGGUCUCGGGUCCGUAUUCGUUUUCUUGACUAUCUUGACGUCUGGGCUGCACUAUAUAAUCCAAUGUAUCAAUUACAAGAGAGACCUGGAAAGAAUACAGGUCAUCAUCUCCAAGGCAAAGGCAGCUGCUUGGGGCCCAAAGUUGGUUCCGAUCAAUGGAAGUAGAAAGGUCAAGGUUAAUUUGGGUGAAUCUCGCGAUGACGAUGGACGUGUAGAAACCAAAUGGAUUGACGUGGUCGUUGAUGAAACACAUGUGUAUCUCCUGGAUCCCUCUGGCGAACAGCAUCUUAUCGAUUCCUCCACUGCCGUUCGACCAGCUAUCACGAGAACAUGGUUCAUCGGUUCAUUGUUGUCACUCUUUCAUACAUUUGUUGGAAACAAGUCGAAGGGAUCGAAUGAGCGGUCUGAAGCUGAUGUGGACAGUGGCGAAGCGUCUUCAACGACAGAUUCAGAGGCUCAAGCAAGCGGUAGAGAGGACGCCAAGUCGUCGCGCGUGCCUACGGUGAAAGCUGGCGGUAAAAGAAGGAAGGUGGUGAGACAGAGAUGA